GCGGCUGCUGAGUCAGAGCCGCCCGAAAUCCCCGUCCCGCUCGUUCCCCGGUGCCCCGGACAGGGGUCCCGGCUGACCGCAGCCUGCCCUCCGCCCCGCUGCCCGUGCCUGGGCGGCACUCACCGCUGCCAGGGGUGCCCGGAGAGAGGCACUGCCCGGCUCUGGCGGCGCUGGGCACGGGGCUGGCUCCCAGAGCCGCUCCGGUGCCCGUGGAACCGCGGGUCCGUGGGCAGCGAGCGCUCACGGGGCGCUGGACUCGUCCCACGCCGCCCCGGUGUGACCCCGGCGGCGGCGGCAGCGCGGAGUAUGGAUGUUUCCAAGCGCCGAAUCUAUGGAUCAGCAAGGCUGUUCCAAAGGGAGUUGGGAUCUAUAGAGCAGGAGAGCUGUGCUAAAGGGAUCGUUAAUGGGCUCUGGGGGGAAACUGAGGCACAGCGGGCGAUCUCUGCAGCCAGGACAGCCGGGCACGCAGUAAACAAAUCUGUUUUGGACGCAGCUCCCUCGGAAACCGCGGAGCGACUCCCGCUGAGGAGUGACCCACCCGUGACGCCGGUGCCAUCCCGGCCGCGCAGCCCCAUCUGAGAGCCCCGCGCACGGGAGCCGGCGUGGCACAGCCUCUCCCGGGUGCCACCAUGCCGAUCCUCAAGCAGCUCGUGUCCAACUCCGCGCACUCCAAGCGCCGCUCCAGGGCCGACCUGACGGCCGAGAUGAUCAGCGCGCCCCUGGGGGACUUCCGCCACACCAUGCACGUGGGGCGCGCCGGCGACGCCUUCGGGGACACCUCCUUCCUCACCAGCAAGGCCGGCGAGCCGGUGCCGGAGGCGGGAGAGGAGCCGGGCGCCUCCAAGCCCGGCCUGCUGUCCCGCCGCUUCCGCAGCAGCAAGCGCUCGCAGUCGGUGACGCGCGGGGACCGGCGGGACAUGCUGGGCUCGCUGCGCGACUCGGCGCUCUUCGUCAAGAACGCCGUGUCCCUGCCCCAGCUCAACGAGAAGGACGUGGACAGGAGCGCGGGGCAGCUGCCCAAGAGCCUCUCGUCCAGCCCCGUGAAGAAGCUGCCCGAGGAGGGGAGCCCCGAAGAGCAGCAGCGCCCCAACGGGGCGGCCGCGGGGCCGCUGAGCCCCGGCUUGGACGAGCGCGACUUCGGGGACAUCACGGAGCUGCCCGUGGUGGUGGCCAAGGGCGGCACGGGCUUGAAGCACGCCGAGUCCAUCAUGUCCUUCCACAUCGACCUGGGGCCCUCCAUGCUCGGGGACGUGCUGAGCAUCAUGGAUAAGGAUCAGUGGGAGCAGGACGAAGAUCCCGAGGCGGAGGAGAGCCGCGAGGAGGAGGAGGAGGAGGAGGAAGGGGAGCCUGCCCCGCCUGGCUCCCCGCUGGCGGCCCCGCCGAGCCAGAGCCCGGCCCGUGGCGCCGGUGGCCGCAGCCCCAGGGACAGCAGUCCAGUGUCCAGCUGCCCCUCGGGGCCUGAGGAGCGCAGCCCUGUCCCCAGGCCACCGAGCCAGCGGGGGGGACCCCUGAAACGCCCCGACAAGGAGUUCUCGUUUGCUGACGAAGAUGACGACGAGAUCCGGGUAUAAAGGAGGCCCAGCCGAGGUUCUCACUGAGGUUUCUUGGACACAGGGCUGAACACCCCAACUGGUGGCACUGGGGAAGACUCGACUCCUGCCUCGCUCCCUCUGUGUGCUGCGGCAGGACAGCGCUCUGCUCCCGGGGCCGUUCUGACAGCCCCCAGACAGCUCCAGCACUUCCUGGGAGGGGGAAGCAGACUUGAUUUUGGUUCUUUCUGUUGGACUUUGAAUAUUAGUUCCUUUCUCCUGCCCCCCUGCCCGUGUAAAGCGAUUUAGGAUCCAACAAGACGAGCCUUUGGAGUUUAGCCCUUUUAGUAAUAUAUAUCUAUUUUCCACCGCACAGUUUUUACUGUUUUCUGAUUUGUACUUACCUUUCUCUACUCUCUUUUGGUUUUAACUGAGGGAAGAUUUCCCAUGAGGAAGAACUUGGCUCUGGAGCUCAGAGGUGGCCUGGGACUAUGGGCAGCUCCAGCUUCUGGGGUUUCUUGGGGACUUUCUGCAGACCAAGAGCUCCCAGUGCCGUGGCAGGUGCUCGCUCCCCAUCCCUCGGAUGGAUGGAUGGAUGGAUGGAUGGAUGGAUGGAUGGUUCCAUCCCAGAUGCUUGACCCUCCAACCAGCCUGGGGCUCACAGGGACGCUCCCAGCCAGCUCCAGGGAUGCUGAUGGAAGUGUGGGUCUGUCCCCUGUGGGAGGAGCACCUGGAAGCCGCUGGGAUCCCGGUGUGCCGUGGGGCCGGGCAGUGGCGGGAGCAGGCGGCUGGAGCAGGAGGUUUUAUACCCUGUAUGUACAAAUGCAAGGAAUAAAGGAAAUGGUAGUGAC